GGUCAGAGUGGGAGGCCCCGGGUUCCCAUGGCUCUGGACACACAGUGAGAAGAGAAGUUGGCCAGACCUGGUGCCUGUCCCAGGGAAGGCAGUGCCCUCCUCUUGUACAAGGUCAGCUGUGCAGAGCCAGAGUUGGGAGGGCCAGGCCAGCCCAGGGACACCCUGAGACAGGGACACGUGGGGGCUCUCAGGGCCAUCCCCAGAGGUUAUAGCAGGGCCUGUUCCUGGGCUGACAGGGCCCAGCAGGAGUUUACCAGCCAAGGAGAGGAGCUCUGCGCUGGGGCCCUGGGACCCGCAGCGCCCCCUACCGGAGGGCUCGGGCAGAGCCGCUGUGAAGAGCUGGCUCAAGCUCCUGGAGACUUUGUGGAGGAUGAAGCCCAGAGGCCUGGUGUUGCUCGCCCUGACCGUCCUCCUGUGCUGCCGCAUGGCCCAGCCCGGAGUCCUGCGGAGGCUGAUUAGACAAAAGCCUGGCUUCUGCCCUGAGUUCUCUCUGGAAUGCCCGUUCACCUUCCUGCCCCGGUGCUGGCGCGACGCGAGCUGCAGUGGCGUGCGCAAGUGCUGCUACUACAACUGCCAGCAGCGCUGCAUGGAGCCCUGGUGGACCCUGGACUAGGAGGAAACCCCUUCACACCAGGCCUGAGGAGACUCUGGUGCUGCAGACUCAGACGGGAUGUCUCGUCCCCUCCAAGUCUCCCAGGUUCCUCCCAGCCCCGAGGCUUCCUUUUGGGAGAGUUAAAUGCUUAUUAAUAUGAAAGCAACACAAAGAAAUAAAGCAUUGCAUACUUAAAAUCACAUGGAAGUCCAUGAGACUGCUGCACCUCUCUCUUCCACCUGUGGGUGAUUC